ACCCCGGAAGUGCAACUCGAACUUGGUCAGGGCGCGGAUCCCGAGAGGGAAAGUCAUAACAACCGCACGAGGGAGUUCGACAGAAGAACUGGAAGGCCACGCCUCUCCCCGCCUCCCCCCGCAGCCCUGUAGCUGGGGGCAGAGCUCAGACUGUCUUCUGAAGAUUGAUGUCUAUUUCCUUGAGCUCUUUAAUUUUGUUGACAAUUUGGAUAAGCAUGGCACAAAUCCAGCAGGGAGGUCCAGAUGAAAAAGAAAAGACAACAGCACUGAAAGAUUUAUUAUCUAGGAUAGAUUUGGAUGAACUAAUGAAAAAAGAUGAACCACCUCUUGAUUUUCCUGAUACCCUGGAAGGAUUUGAAUAUGCUUUUAAUGAAAAGGGGCAAUUAAGGCACAUAAAAACUGGAGAACCAUUUGUUUUUAACUACCGGGAAGACUUGCACAGAUGGAACCAGAAAAGAUACGAAGCUCUAGGAGAGAUCAUCACGAAAUAUGUGUAUGAGCUCCUAGAAAAGGACUGUAAUUUGAAAAAAAUCUCUAUUCCAGUAGAUGCCACUGAGAGUGAACCAAAGAGUUUUAUCUUUAUGAGUGAGGAUGCUUUGACAAAUCCACAGAAACUGAUGGUUUUAAUUCAUGGUAGUGGUGUUGUCAGGGCAGGUCAGUGGGCUAGAAGGCUUAUUAUAAAUGAAGAUCUGGACAGUGGCACACAGAUACCUUUUAUUAAGAGAGCUAUGGAUGAAGGAUAUGGAGUAAUAGUACUGAAUCCCAAUGAAAACUAUAUUGAAGUAGAAAAGCCGAGGAUACAUGUACAGUCAUCUUCUGAAAGUGCAGAUGAACCAGCAGAAAAGAGGGAAAGAAAAGAUAAAGUCUCUAAAGAAACAAAGAAGCGACGUGAUUUCUAUGAGAAGUAUCGUAACCCCCAAAGAGAAAAAGAAAUGAUGCAGUUGUACAUCCGAGAAAAUGGUUCUCCUGAAGAACAUGCACUCUAUGUGUGGGACCAUUUCAUAGCCCAGUCUGCAGCUGAAAAUGUAUUUUUUGUUGCUCACAGCUAUGGAGGACUUGCAUUUGUUGAACUGAUGAUUCAACGCGAAGCAGAUGUGAAAAGUAAGGUAACUGCUGUGGCGUUGACAGACUCCGUUCACAAUGUGUGGCAUCAAGAAGCUGGCAAAACGAUUCGAGAAUGGAUGAGAGAGAACUGUUGUAACUGGGUCUCCAGCUCAGAACCAUUAGACACAUCAGUGGAGUCCAUGCUGCCUGACUGCCCCCGAGUUUCAGCAGGCACCGACCGUCACGAGCUAACUUCCUGGAAGAGCUUCCCGUCUAUUUUCAAAUUCUUUACCGAAGCCUCUGAGGCCAAGACCAAUUCCCUCAAGCCGGCUCUGACGCGGCGCUCCCACCGAGUAAAGCACGAGGAGCUGUAAGGGGAGAGCGAGCGAGACGGGGGAGGGGAAGCCGAGGAAGCACUCUCGAGCAUGCAUCCACACGUCUCCCCACCGCUGGUUGUCGGCGAGCAGACUCCCAGCCCCUCAUUAGAUUGUUUUCUUCCUAGAGCACAGGGUCGUGAUAUAUACAUCUAAAUAGCGUUUUGCAUUAUUUCUAGAUGAGUGCAACUGUCAAAGCAAUAUGGGUUCACUAGUCGUGCUUCCUGCGGGCUGAGCUCGGGCUUCGCGCUGCCCGUCAGCGCGCAGAUUAAGGCUGACAGCGCCCUGCCCGGCGUGGCCGGCGCGCCUCUAAUUGCCCGGACGGAGCCCGCGCCGGCGCUGCGGGGCGAGCGGCGUCCGCGCGGUCCUACCGCCCGCAGCCGCCGCUCCCCCUGCCCCGGUCCUCCUCCCCUCGGAAUCAUGGCCUUUUUUUCCCCCUCUCCGAACAGAAGCAAAGUUUUAUUCUAGGCUUCAAACUUCCAUUUUAAGUAGGUUUUUCCCUAAGGGUGUCUUAUGCCUUUUUUUUUUUUUAAGGAACUUUCGCCUCCCCCACCCCAAAAGCCAAAUUUAAAUUCAGAACAUGAAUGCCAUAAUGUGCUCUGUAGUUUGGGGAGGGCAAGUUGUUCUCUCCCUAAAGAUCUAUUUUCAUUUCGAGACCAGAAGAAAAACUUCGCAUAAAAAUCUAUAAAGUACGGGUCCAGGUUAUCUUUGAAAAUCCUUGCCAGUUGAAUUUGAGAUUUUACCAAAGUCUCUAAUUUCAGAAGAGGUUGUUUAAACCAAAACAUAACAAUGAGUAAAUCUUUUAAGUGCUAAAGAUUUCAUUGUCAGUGGAAUUUCCGACUUUACCAUUAGAAUUGACUUUACUUUUUAAAUACGUAAUGUGUAUUGAGUGGUAUUGUAAUUUAGAUAGCAUACUUAAGUUUUGCUUUUUAAAUCUUACUUACGUGGAGGAAGUUUGUUGUUAAUCCUAACUAGAAUGGUCUAUUCUGAGCUUUCAUGGAGCUAGACCUUUUUAGGGAUAGAAUUUUUUAUUGUCAUCAGGAAAAUGAACCUGUGUGCUCUUGAGCUUUUUCCUUCUGAAAGGCUAGGUGGGGCUAAAAUGAUUAUUUUAGUUUUCUGAAAUAGAAAGAGAAAAGACCUGGUGUGAAAGACAUUCUCUCAAUCCAGUGGUGUAAUUUGUAGUUGUCCACUUUCUCUAAGGUUUUGCUCUACAGUUUUAACAGUUAAGUGUUUUAAUCCAGUUAAGAUCUGGCCAACACUGUGAAAUAUGAGGUAAAAUAAGUUAAGAUUUUGCUGAUUUUUAAAUUCAAAUAUUAAAUCUUAACAUUACCAAUUUUUAAUUACUGGUAGCAUUUAAUUACUUAGUGACGAUUCUCAUAGAUGAGGUUCUGGAUUUAAUAUUUUUUCAUCAUUUUUUAAAGUGUAUGCAACAAUUUGCCUGCCUUAUUUGAGGACAUGCUAAAGUGUACCCAAAACGACUUGGAACUGUCUGACUCCUCAGAAAAAUAACUUAAAAUAACCACCUCAUGGGUAAAAUGUUUUUAUAUUAUGAACCAAUUUCAGCAAGUUUUAAAACUGAUAAUACAUGUUUGGUACACAAAUCCCUUAAUCAGCUCUCAUAAUUUUAAUGAUGGUAAAUUGAAGUGAUCUUUUUUCAGUAGUCUUAUAUGCAUAUCUUUUGAUGUUAUUUUAGCAAAAACAACAUAGGAGGAAAAAUCAGAACAUCAUUUUUUCCAACUCGUUGAGUGGCUUACCUUGCACAACCCCAACAACGUCAAGCAUGUUGGUCUGCGGCUUUUCUAGCUUAGAAGCAAUAGUGAGCUGUGUAAAAUAAUGGUACCUUCCAUUGAGAGGAUAUGAGAAUUGGUGUGGAUUGAAUAUAUUUUUCAAAGUGUUACAAAUCAUGUGGUGUUUUCAGUAUAUGAAAAUGUUCGCAGGAAACUAAUUUUAGUGCAUUUUUUUAAAAUCAGCACUUGUACAGUGCUCAACUUGUGAAGCUUCUGCAGCUGAAUUAGAGCAAAGUAAAUAUGCUCAGCUUAUAAACCAGAUUACUCCCCUCCUUCUUCUCUUCAAUUUCUCACCUCUUUUUAAAAACCUUUACUUGUAACUAAAGUAAAUCACUGUUUAAUUGUCUUUAAUGCUUUAAAACUACUGGAUUGUUAGGCCUUGUCUAACUAUGGAGAGCUAUUUGCAAACUUAAGUUGUGUAAAUGUAAUUUCUACUUGUGGAUCUGCGCUGUAGCAGCCGGGAGAGAACUAGGCAAACCAUCCCAGACCUCCAACUGAUAACCGAUAAGAUUCCUUAUAAUGUAGAAUAUUUAACCUGUUGAUUAUGGGUUUGUGAUAUAGUGUAGUAUUAUCCUAUUCACCUCAAUUUUCCUGGAGUAACCACAAUCAACUGGUAGUAGCCUACCUGUUUGGACACAAGUGUUAAUAAUAUUUCUGCUCUGAUCAUCUCCCAUUUUGGUUUUUUUAAACAGGUUUUCAGGAGAGUAAAGGUGUAAAGUUAGGAAGUGAGCUUUUUUCAAGUAUAUAGUGAGCUCUUAGAGCAAUUAGAAUGGGAAGCAAGGAGUUGUUGAUAAAUCUGCAAUUCAAAAUAGUCCUGUUCAAACUUAAAAGCCAGAUAUUGGCUUUGGAACUUUCUAAAGGUACCUACACAAGCAGCCCUUAAAAGUUUUCAUGGAUAUUUGCUUGGGGCAGGGGGACAUCUACUUGUAAUCAUUGUUCUUUUUUCAAGUUUCUGCUUUGUGCUUCAACUUGGAUUGCGUUAUUGUUUAUACAAAAAGAAAAGAAAAAACUAAAGCACAGGAGUUUCCUAUAUAUUACAUAUUUCUGUUUACUACUUUAAAAUAAAAAUGUUUUCCCCAACAAGCGGCAGCAUAUGAUUCUUGCUCAGAAGUUUAAUCAUAUAUAGAGGUUAAUAAAAGCAGAAACUUAAAAAGAAUCAUAGGAUAGCAUUUACCAAUACUUUAAACCUUAUAGCUGCUUAUUACGAUGAUUGUUGCUGUAAGGCAGUAUCCUAACUUUGAUUUGAGUCACAGUUUGGCUUAGAACUUUCACAGAACUAACAUUUUAUAAGACUUUUUUUUUAAGAUCUAAAACAUCUCCUUAGCUACAAGGAAAUUUGAACCCAUUGUUAAACUAUCGUUUUAUAAAACACACUUUACUACAUACGGUAAACAAAUAUGUUUUCCAAAAGGAGUCUGAUGAGAUUAAAUUGCUCCCAGAUCCCUAUACGGGUCUUUGAUGUAUUACAUCUAAUCUAGAAAUACCUUGUUUACAUUUAUUUUACAGCUUUUCCUUCUUUAAAACUUGUAAUUCCUUUGAGAGAGUGUGGGUGACAAAACUUGUUAACUAUAUUAUCAGUGCUAAUAAGUUUAGUUGUUUUGUUUUGUUUUGUUUUGUUUUUCAUUUUUAUCUGGAUUAUCUAGAGUUCCAGUCCAGACACAUGGGUGUCUCCUGUUAUAAUCAUAGUUUGUAACUGUAAAUCGACAGGUUCCUUUUGGUGUCUGUAAUCCUGGUUCAUUUAAGAAAGGUUACUAUUACAGAAGGUCUAAAAAUUUCUCAAAAACUUUCCCUAUUCCUCUGUAGAGAAAAGUGUCUUUAAAUAAAUGUGAGAUGUUCUCAUUUUUGAAAUAUGGGUGGCAAAAAAAAGGUAAUACUGGUGGUUAUUUUAUGAUUACUUAUUAGGAGCUAUAGUAAUAUAAAAUAAAAGACUCCAGGAGGUACUCCCUUUCAAAAAUUGAAUACUUUCCUUCCUUCCUUCCUUGUAUAGUGUGACUGAGUGGGAGUCUCUUGAAUUGUUCGUCUUCCUUUUAUCUAAUAUUCUAUUAAUCUCCAAAAAGAUCAGUUUGAGUCUGGGAAAGGGUUUUUAAUCAACACUUCACAGAGCUUAAAGCUACCCUACCUAAAGCGUGAGCUUUGUUAGGUGGUUUUAGAUUUAAAGCAUUGCAACUGUCAUGCACUGUACAAAAAGUAAAGAAUGUACACCAAGUGGAAGAUGUUGAAAAGAGGGAAAUAGCACAAAGUCGAUUAACAGAGAUUCGAGAAUAGAAGUAGCCAUCAAAGCAUUCCAGCGUUUAUCUGGAAAUCUAUGUAGGGUUAAGGAAAAAAAGCAACGAUGAUAGUUUUAAACCUCACACUUAGGAGGGAUGAAUGUUGAUUUAAUUGAUUCAUUUGGAUCGAUGUUUUUAAAGUUUCACGCCACUGAUCUUUCAUGUAGUGAUGUCUUUAGCAGUCAGUGGUCUGACAUGAGCCUUCUCAGAUUUCAUCAGCGAGACUCUCCAUGACAUCUGAAAUUAUGCAACAGCCUGUGCAGUGAUAACUUUGGAAUUGGGAGACCUUGAUGCCAAAGAGCAUGGUUAGAUUGAAGAACUCUUGUUAAUUCUUAGCACAAAGGUUUUAGAGGAGUGGUAAUUAUAAAUGAACCAUAAAGGUUAAAGUCACCAAAUACUAUGUAGUGGGCUUUAAUUGCUAGAUGGGAGAAAAUCAUCCUGAAAUUUUGACCAUUAAGUGGAUAUCACGCAGUGACCAGUAUUUUCCCCUUGAAUGUAAAAAAGCUUGAAAAUGGAAAUUUGACUUAAUCCAAGAGGCCUUCCAGGCAACUUUUCCCUAUCCUUUGCCCUGAGAUUUGUGAGAAACCUUUCACUAUAUUCUUUGUAUUGUUGGAGUUGAGUUCUGUUUGAAACAGACAUGAAACAUGUUUCUAGAAAGAAAUCUGGAGAUGGCCUGCAUCUUUCUUUCCAGAUCAUUCCAGUUUUUCUUCCUUGGCUAAUACAUUGGGUAAUAUGGGAGACUGUCAUAGGAAAAAUAAUGUUGAACUGUACUUUGUAGCCAGCCUGCAGUACCAAUACAAAGAAUCUGAAAUGAAAAGACAACCAACACCCCAAGAAUAAUAUGUCUCUUUUUAAAGUUUACAAUUUGAAUAAUGAACUUGGAUAGAAACUUGGCAGGAAAACAAACCAUGGCACCAUCACAUCACCAACCAUUUUCACUUUUCUGUCCAAUUUCAGAGUGCAUGUGUUUGUGAGUAUUUCACUAGAUCAGUGACAGCUCUUUAUUUGCAUAAUUAUAUGCUCUGGUCUGAAGAGAAAACUAACCCCCAAAUUUCAUGGGUCACCAAACUGCAACAAUCAAUGUUUUAUCACGUAUGCUAAGCAAAAUCUAAGAAGCUAUAUGAAGUUUCUUGGGGAGUUUUUACUCGUCAGAAAAUUAAAGAGUUUUCCUCUCCUGAAUAGAUUCAAAAUCUUUCCAAGUUCUUUGUAACUGAAUUCUGUUUGAAGGCAAAACUAGAGAUUAACAUGUAGAUCUGGAUCUUAGACUUACCAGCAUUACUUCAAAGUGGCUUAAGAAGAGCAGCAUUUUUGGAACACUGAACUUUUAAAUUCUAAGUACUGUCCUUCAUGCUAUCAGGAAAAAAAAAAUUAUUGGUCAAAUUAUGAUUAGCCAAAAUGAAGUUUGGAUUACUACAAUUGAAUAUAAGGUUCAUUUUCUUCUUUGCAAUAACUCAGGGUGUUUUUUUAAAAGACCUAAUAGAAAAAAAUAUUUAUAUGCAUAUAUGUCUGUGUGUGUCUACAUACAUACAUAUACAUACCCAUCCAUGGGGUAAAUAUGCUCAUUCCACCAGAAGAGACAACAUAUACAGUGUGUAUAUGCCUUUCCAGUGCCAGUAACAUAGUAGGUACUCAUUAUAUGUUGGUCACCAGGAUUGUAAACUUACUUUCUUUUAAAUAAAUUUUUAUGUUCAAAUUUUGCAAGGCAUUGUAAUAAAUAUUUUUGAAUGCCUCAACUUCAUUUGCAUCUGUAAAUUCUCUGUAUGUAAUGUGUAUUCGUGUUUAAGGUUGGUUUUAUUUCAUUAAAGAAAACUUGAUUUAAA